AAAAUCAAAAUAUUUCGGUACAUAAAAAACUCAAUUCACCUAGAUUCACUGCAAUCAAAGCCCCAUCCAGAUGAGAACCGUAUGAUGAAGAUCCAACGGAUAUUAAUAUCGUAACGGUGUGAAUGCGGCUUUUUGUACUGCAGGGGAUUCAAUAAGUUUCGACUCAAUAAGAAAGAGAAUAAUAAAGCAACAUUACUUCGAACCGCAAGCUGAAUCAAUUUUUCGCUCACCGAUCGACGAUCACACCUUCGAAUUCAGAGUUAUAACGAGGGAAGAAGAAGAAGAAGAAGAAGGUGAAGAGUGGUGAAUUAUAAGAAUAGUUGAAGAUGUCUGCGCUUUUCAAUUUCCAUUCAUUUCUUACUGUCAUACUUUUGGGAAUAUGUGCCUGUACUUACUUCAAGAUGCAAUUUCCAGCUAUCCUUGAACAGAGAACUGGAUUUCGAGGUUUCUUCUGGAAGGCGGCAAGAGUAGGUGAGCGUUUAAGUCCGUGGGUAGCUAUGGGUUGUUUCAUGAUGGGUGUUUCAAUAAUCUUCUUCUAAGCUCUGUCUCCGUCUACUCAAUAGGGAAUCCAUUCUAUUGCUCUACUUCAGUUUUGUGUGACACAUGGUCUGCAGAUCUACAAUAUAAUAGUUUGUACCUAAAAUUAUUUAAUUGAAUCCCCAGAAACUCCACUGUUUAGCUCUUUUUCAUUGUAGUAGCUUGAAUCCGAUUAACUGAUUUUUCUUCUGAUAGUUUUAUGUAACUUUUUCAGACACAGUGUACAAUGGUAUCUGUAGAAUGUGCUUGCUCUUUCCUUAAAAACUAGGUUGAGUUUAAGCAUUUGAUUGAGUGUGUAAGAAAUUCAAGAUACGGUUGACAUC